CUGCUGCUUCUCUGUUUCUUUACAAAGCAUUUCUUUACUCUGCCGAUUAAAAAAAUUCCCAUGCAAAUCAUACAAAACACACUAUAAAUCACACAAUUCAUGUGGUUUUUUAGCAUAUGAGAAGAAUUCCUUAAAAUUUUCACGAGCUUAUUCAAAAUUAAUUGAAUAUAGUCUUGUUCAGAAUUCUACUACUACAAUUAUACAAGGUUUAAUUUGUUGAAAAAUGUUGCACACAAAAUCAGAGUCAGAUAUUACAAGUUUAGCUCCAUCUUCACCGUCAAGGUCACCAAAAAGGCCAGUUUACUACGUACAAAGUCCGUCAAGAGAUUCACACGAUGGGGACAAAUCAACAUAUAUGCAACCGACACCCAGUUUCAAUAGUCCAAUGGAAUCUCCCUCACACCCUUCAUUUGGACGCCACUCUCGGAAUUCUUCUGCUAGUCGAUUUUCCGGCAUCUUUAGGUCGUCGUCCGGCCGGAAAAAUGGCCGGAAAAGGAAUGAUAAAGGGUGGCCGGAAUGUAAUGUGAUUAUGGAAGAGGGUAAGUAUGACGAAUAUGAUGAUGAUAAGGGAGUAACUCGGCGGUGUCAAGCGUUGUUGGCUCUAUUGGGAUUUAUUGUUCUGUUUUCUAUCUUUUGCCUUAUCAUUUGGGGCGCUGGACGUCCGUACAAGGCAGAGAUUACUGUCAGGAGUUUAGCUGUGAAUAACUUCUACAUCGGUGAAGGUUCGGACUUCUCUGGAGUUGUAACUAAGAUGAUGACAGUGAACGGCUCGUUGAGAAUAAGCGUGUACAAUCCUGCUACAUUCUAUGGCAUUCAUGUUAGCUCCACCCCCGUCAAUCUCAUCUACUCAGAUAUCACUGUUGCCUCUGGUCAGUUAAAAAAAUAUUAUCAACCCAGGAAGAGUAGGCGGGCUGUGUUAGUGAACAUAGAAUCAACAAAGUUUCCCUUGUAUGGAGCUGGAUCAGGUCUUGAUGCAUCAAAUAAUGGUGGUUUUAAAGUUCCAUUAAAAUUGGACUUUGAAAUCAGGUCGCGUGGAGAUGUGGUGGGGAAAUUAGUGAGGACGAAGAACAAAAAGCAGAUUUCGUGUGAUUUGGUCAUUGACUCUACUAGCUCUAAACCCAUCAAGUUCAAGAAGAAUUCUUGUGUUUACAGCUGAAUUCACAAUUACUGAAUGCCUACUUUGUUUCCAGUUUGUGUGCAGCAACCUUCUGUAAAAUUAUCUCUUGGAAACAGACUCUCUACCUUCCCUUUUCUCUUUCUUCUUCUUCUUCCCUCCUCGUCUUCUCACUCUUUCUAAUCCGAGUUUCUAUUGGAAACAUUUUCUCUACCUUCACUAGGUAGGGGUAACGUUUGCGUACGCACUACCCUCCCCAGACUCCACUUGUGGUAAUAUACUGGGUUUGUUGUUGUUGUUGUAAAUGUUAGUUCAAUUUUGAGAAAUACUUUCAUAUGAAUAAGAUAGCUUUUCCUCUUGAAUCCUUAGAUGCUACUGUAAAAGUUGUUGCCUGUAAGCUGAAUGGUGUACAUAAGUUUGAUUGGAUUUUUCAAUGAGCAUACAUCAGGUUUAUUCCAGGUA